AUGUUCGGCCGGCAGAAGGAAAUCCUGCGCGCCGGUGACCGGGUCUGUGCACAUUUCCAGAACAGCCAUGGAGCCAAGAGCCAAGCCACCGACGUGGGCACCCUGCUGCAGUUCACCACUUCGGAGGCUGAGGUUCAAUUCGAUGAUGGUGCCACCCAAUUCAUCUCGAAGACCUGGGUCGUGGAACGCCUCGGAGCCUGGGAGCUGGACCUGGCGCCUGGAGAUGUGGUCUAUUCGCAUUAUGCUUCUGGAAAGGGCCGCACCAGCAAUACAGAUCUGGGCGUGGUAGUGUCCUUGCUGGACGGCGGCAAGGUGCGCAUCAGGUUCCAAGAUCAAAUCAUCCAGACGGUCCCUCAGGGCUGGGUGGAGCAAGUGAUGCGACUGGACCCUGGCGACCGAGUCAAUGCCUUCUUCAAGGUGAAUGGUGGAAGGGCGAGGGGUGCCAAAAGCAUGAAAGCUGACAUGGGCUCCGUUCUGGCCGUGCACAAGGAAGAGGUCCUUGUAGUCUUUGACGACAAUGUGGAGCAGCACGUGCCCAAAACCUGGGUCUGUCAUCGUGCACGACCUUGGACCUUGCAGAUUGAGGUGGGCUCAGUGGCGGACAUCCACUAUGAGGUGGGUGAUGAUGGACGGCGUAGCACCAACACGGACAUGGGCAUCAUUUUGUCGGAGCCCAUGGAAGGCCGAGUACAAGUUCAAUUCCAGGACACGAUUCUGCAGACUGUGCCCCUGGGUUGGAUCGUGCGGUUGCACGAGUGGACUGUGGCGGAUCGGGUGCAGGCUCACUUCAAAAUGGGAGGUGGAAAAAGCAGCAUCUCGGCCCCCGCUACUGUGAUGAGCACGUCCCUACUGGAGGUGGAGUUGUACUUCGAUGAUGGAUUUCACCAGCACGUGUCCAAGGCCUGGGUCACCCAGCGCAUCCGCGACUGGCAUUCACAGGUGUCGGAGCUUUCGCCGGGGGAUGUGGUCAUCGCCCACUUCAAACGGCCUGGGAAGCAUCAACGCAGUGAACAGACGGACCGCGGCAUUGUGGUGACCAUUUUGCCGAGGGGCGAGGUCUCCGUGACCUUCCAAGACGACAUCACUCAGGUCAUCCCCAAAGGGUGGAUCGAGGAAGUGGCGAGUCGUUGGACUGGGCAACGGAAUAGCUUUUCGAAGGAGGUGGAGAUCAGCUCCUUGGAGAGCAACACACGUCAGCUCCUUGGCACACCGCCGCCAGUGCCAUCGAAUGGAUUGGCGGAAUGUGUGAUUUGCUUCGAUGCAAGGCCGAAUGGCGUCAUCGUCCACGGAGAAACGUGCCACCAGAGCACUUGCUUCGGUUGUGCCAAGAAACUCCAACUCGCCGGAGGGACAUGUCCCAUUUGCCGGGAAAUCAUCGACCAAGUCUGCAAAUUGCAUGGAGACUGA